UGUCAUAUGCAUUUAUCUUCACCCUGAUGAGAACUCAGACGUGAUAAGUUCGUGGCUCCCUAUCCUGGUAGGAGCUAGUGUGGUAGCUACCUGCCUUCUCCUCCUUCGACAGAGCUAUAGGACUGCCCACCCAGAAUCUUUAGGUAAAUGAGGGGGAUCUGAGGGCUAAGAGAUGUCCGUAACCUGUGUGAGCUAGCACUCACUGUAGCUGGCAAGCAGGAAAGCUUGCAGGAAUCUCCGCUCUUCUGACUCCAAAGCUCUCAUACAGAUCAUGAUUCUGGAAGGAAGUGGUGUAAUGAAUCUCAACCCAGCCAACAACCUCCUCCACCAGCAGCCAGCCUGGACAGAAAGCUACCCCACAUGCAAUGUUUCCAGUGGUUUUUUCGGAGGCCAGUGGCAUGAAAUCCACCCUCAGUACUGGACCAAAUACCAGGUGUGGGAAUGGCUGCAGCAUCUCCUGGACACCAACCAGCUGGAUGCCAACUGCAUCCCUUUUCAGGAGUUUGACAUCAGCGGAGAGCACCUGUGCAGCAUGAGUCUGCAGGAGUUCACGAGGGCGGCAGGCUCUGCGGGGCAGCUGCUCUAUGGCAACUUGCAGCAUCUCAAGUGGAAUGGCCAGUGCAGCAGUGACCUUUUGCAGUCCACACACAAUGUCAUUGUCAAGACGGAACAAACGGAUCCUUGCAUUAUGAACACGUGGAAAGAAGAAAACUAUCUCUAUGACCCCAGCUAUGGUAGCACAGUAGAUCUAAUGGACAGUAAAACUUUCUGCCGGGCCCAAAUCUCCAUGACAACCUCCAGUCACCUUCCAGUUGCAGAGUCACCUGAUAUGAAAAAGGAGCAAGACCACCCUGUAAAGUCCCACACCAAAAAGCACAACCCAAGAGGUACUCACUUAUGGGAGUUCAUUCGAGACAUUCUCCUGAGCCCAGACAAGAACCCAGGGCUGAUCAAAUGGGAAGACCGUUCAGAAGGCAUCUUCAGGUUCCUGAAGUCAGAGGCUGUGGCUCAGCUGUGGGGGAAAAAGAAGAACAAUAGUAGUAUGACCUACGAGAAGCUCAGUCGGGCCAUGAGAUACUACUACAAACGAGAAAUCCUGGAACGUGUGGAUGGGCGACGGCUGGUCUAUAAAUUUGGGAAGAAUGCUCGUGGAUGGAGAGAAAAUGAGAACUGAGGUUGCCAACCCUUGGGACACAAACCAAAAACACACAGCAUAUAGAUUAUGAUCAAUGAAGAACUGGACAUAAAUAUUUCAAAGACUGCUUUUCAGUGAUAUUUAUGUACCAUGAAGGGACCAAAAAAAUCUACUUCUGAUGGGAAGAACGGACACUACAGUUGAUAAAAAAAUUAUUUUGUUACUUUGAAGUAUGUCCUAUGUGGAGAACAAACGUACACAGUUUUCUGUGAACUAUGAAGCUGUAUGUGGCUGUGAUUUGCAGUUGCCUCUGCUGUGGUGUUCUUUUCUACCCCAAGAACAACAGGGCCUGUAGCCUUGUGCUUCUUGCUAAGAGGAAGGGAAAAGAAAUAAGAGGGCAUUAAAUGUUUUCAUAUACAAAAUGAUUUAGAAAAAAAGGUCAUGUGUCUCCGCACAUAGCAUCCUCCUCAAGAGACAGUGAGUAGAGACUGGGAGCUUCCAUGAUCCAGAGUGGCCUAUAAUCACUGCAUGAUUAUGUGACUGGGAAUGUUUAAGUAAAUGGGGAUGAUGGUGGGGGAAGGCUUUAUACUCAUUCAGGGAUGAUUUUCCUGUAUUCCCUUUAGCCUUGGAUGGUUAAAAAAGUCAUCUGCCACAUGUGAUUACUUCUAGCUACAUAGAAUUCAGCCCAGCUAUUGAAAACUAGGUGGGAAAAGGAGGAGGUGGUACUGAUGAGUGUGCUCUUGUAUCUGUAGUUUAAGGUUUCUCCCUGGGUACAGCUGAUGUUUGGGGUUGGUUCAUUCUUUGUGGUGAGGGUUGUACUAUGCAUUGUAAAAUGUAUAGCAGUAUCUAUGACCUCCAUUAGCAUUCUUUACCUGUGUCAAUCUGAAGUGUUCCUAGAAACUGUCAAAUGUUUCUAGAAGGACAAAAAUACCCUUGAGUGAGAACACCAAUUGAACCAGUCAAUAUAAAGGUAGUCAUUCAGUCUCAGAACAAAGAGAUUUGUAGAAUUUUCUAGUUCCUAAAGAAAAAGCAAUACAUUGAAGUCAACAUAUUUUUAUUUGUUUUUAAGUAUUAGGGACAAUAGGAUUCAAUAGAUGGAGGAAAUUUUUUUCAGAAAGCCACAAGAGCCAAAGUCAGAGAAACACCAUGAUGUAGCAGAAAGUGCAAAAGAAAAUGUCCAUACUGGGAAUGCAGAGAGAAACUUGUAUGGUAGAAGGAAAUAAUGAGGGAAGAAUCUGUGGGUGUGCCUCUCUCUCUCUCUCUCUCUCUCUGUGUGUGUGUGUGUGUGUGUGUGUGUGUGAUUGUGUGUGUGUGUGUGUGUAUGUGUGUGUGUCUGUGAUGGUACUAGGGGCAUCUGCCAGUUUUCUCUCUGAUGUUCCUUGCAUGGCUUUCCCUGGCUUUGGUUUAGGGUGGCCAAGUCUUUCUCUGUUCACUUUCUUCAAGACUGUGAGUUUCUCUGAUUCCUGUGACUGGCUUUGGCUCUUUCUACAGCUUCUCCUCACAGAGAUAUCCUUGUCAGAGAGUAGGGGAGUCUGGAAAGGACAGGUGGGAACAGUUCUGCAGAUAAAUAGAUUGUGCUGUUUGUUGAGAGUGGCAGUUUCUUGGCAUCCAGUGCCUAUUUAAAUAGGCUGCAGUAUUAAGUGCUUUGUAUAUCUAUUUUCUUGGCUUGAAUUUGUAUGUUUUCUAUGUGCUCUUCAUGACUUGGAGAACCCUAGGUAGGAAGCUAUGCCAAUUUGGGGUGUAGCAGAGUGCUUCCCACCACAAUCUGUAAGAAACUAAAAACCCUACAGAGAAGGCCCUCUUUCUUUAGGGAAUAGUCACUUAGUUGCUAAGUUCAUCUGUGAUUAAUCAGUUCACUAAUACAGUCUCCUUGAGUAUUCACAAGUGACAUAGUAGUGGUUUCCACUGGAACGUAAGUCAAGUAAUGGACUCAGCUCAUCUGAGGCCCCUAUAUGACUUGAUAAAAUUAAGCAAGGCCCUGGAUCCCAGGGAUAGGUCCACAGUGUCUUCAGUGGGCUGCCUGAGCAGGGAAGACCCAGGUCAUGAGUUUCACACACAGAGACUUCCUUCAUGUUCUUGUCUGAUUAGAUUGUAAGCUCUCAGAGGGCAGGGACCAAGUUUGACCACUUUGUUAUCCUCAUACCUAGGGUGCAACAGGAUAACUAUCCACUGAAUGAAUGGUGUCUGUCUUCUGGGAGACUCCUCUGACUGAGCAGAUGUCAGUCAUAUUCAUAACUGGGACGUGAGUCACUUCUCCAGAACAGAACACAAUAACCAAACCUUCAAGGACAUAACCUCUAUGAUGAACAUUUUACUGUGACACUCUCCUUUGCCUCCUACCUGUGCCGAAAAGAGAUUCAAACAGGCUGCUUGGUUCCACACAUCAGUGUCUGCUGGAUGAGAAUUCUGUUGCCUUACCUAGAACUGUGAGACUUAACCUGGUUGCAAGAUGCCAGUAACAAACCCUUGACCUAUUUAAUCAAUGAAGAUUAUAAAUGUGUUUAUAUGAUGUCAAUUGCUAUUUAAGCAUAAGACCGUUUUCAGUUUUAGUAUUUAGGGGUUGGUUUUUAUUUUUUCCUUUUUGAAAAAUGCAGAGGGAUAUUUUGAUAAGGUUAGCCAUGCAUGUUAGAUGUUAGUUUUGCAAGUGUGUCUUUUCUAAAUGUAUAAAAUAUAAGAAAAGGGAGAGCAAUAAGAGGGAGAAGCAAUUACAUUAUUCUUCUGUAGUUUAAAUAAAGCACCUUCUGGGUGCCCUGUGCAUAUUGGAACAUCAUAUAUGUGAAGAGUAUGUGUGUGAAAACAUAGGUUAUAAAAGGCACAUGAUCUGGACCUAUGGAGGAAUACUGGUUCUGAGACUGAAACGCCAUCAUGGUAAUCUUAGUGUCACAGGUGAACUAUCCUCAGCUGUGAGACAUUUAAAACGUAGGCUUCAGAGUUUAGCUGAAUCGGGGUUAAUCAUUCUGUAGCUAUAAAUUUUAUUCUCGCCAUCUGGCUUCUGGGUUGAUAAUUGGUGGGCAACAACCCUACUGCCACUUUUUUUAAAAAUCAGAACCUUUCCCCCCUUAAAUUGUUAAAUCCAAACAAUUUCUGUUUAAUGAAAGAAUUCUAUUUUUCAAAAAUAUGCUUUUGUUUGUUUGUAUGAUGGGUCCCAGAAAACACUAAUAAAAACCACAGAGGCCA